AUGGCGACAGCGACUAGAGAGUACCACCGCGGCAGCCCAACCGACCUACGCGCCCCCUGCCCCGUGCUAAACAGCCUCGCAAACCACGGCCUGAUCUCGCGCUCCGGCCGAGACAUCACAAAAGACUCUCUCCUGGCAGCGCUGAACGAGAUCGGCCUUGCCAGCAGCGCAGGGAAGCUCCUCUGCAACAUCGCCUUCAAAGUCCACACCGACGACGCCAAAAACCCACCCCCAGGCACGGCGGCUAUGGGAUUCCGUGACCCGGAUCAGGUUAAUGAUGACGGCGUCCCUGUGCUGAAUCUCGACCAGGUGGGACGGGCGCAUGCUAUGGAACAUGAUAUCUCGCUUACGCGUCGGGAUCGCGCGCUGGGGGAUCAUAUGCGCCUUGACGAGGCCUUGUAUGAACGGCUUCUAGAGUGUCCGCGGGAAAAGAAAGCGUUCCGGAUAUGGGAUCUAGGGCGGUAUCGCAAGGUGUUGUAUGCUGAACAUGCGAGGGAUAAUCCGCAGCUGGUGUUUGGGGUGCAUCAGCAGGCGUCGGCGUGUUUGGAGGUUGCGGCGAUGCAGUGUGUCUUUGGGACGGGGUCGCGGGGGGGUGUGCCGAUGGAAUACUAUGAGGCCGUGUUUAGGGAUGAACGAUUGCCGUUUGAGGAAGGGUGGAGGCCGAGGAAAUGGAUGUUUUUGGUGGAACUUGUCGGUGUUGCGUUGUGUGUUUCGUUUUGGGCGUUGUAG